AAUAAUCGACGGUAUAGGUGUUUGUAUAAAGUUGAACAUUUUGCAAUAUAACUUUGAAUGAACAUCGGCGUCACUGAUUUUCUAUACCUACCGAAUUUGUAUAUUGCAUGGUUAUAAAUAUAUGAUUAUCAAUUUAUAUUUAAUAUUUUUCCAGAUUUCACUGGCUACAGAACUUUAAUUUUCUUCUUACUACCCACCUGCGUUAUGUUGACUGUCAAUUUAAUUUUGUUCUUGCUAACUACUAUUCAUUGUUCAAGAAUUAAAUCUGAACUCAAUAAAUUCAAACAAACCGAUGAUUCAAAAACACAAAAAUGUCUUGUGUACAAAGAGAAACUUGACAGGCUACGGAGGUUUAAUUUUCCUCCUGAUACCAGCGUCUGCUAUGCUGACUGCCAAUUUAAUUUGUUCUUGCUAACUUCUAUUUAUUGUUUAAGAAUUAAAUCUGAGAUCAAUAAAAUCAAACGAACAGACUCAAAAAUAGAAAGUUUUUCUUGUUUACAGAGAGAAGUAAAAAUACAGUACUAUUCAUUCACAUAGGGUACGUACGUAAUAUAGUCUGUUAACUACUUUUUGUACCUACAUAAUAUUCAUUAUUUAAACAUAGCUAAAUAUUUAAAACGAUAAUCUCUGAGUGAGU